CCCCUCUUCCUUUUUCCAGUGCAGCGGAGUCAAAACCCUAGUCUUUGGCUCCGGGCUCCUGUAUAAGGAGACUAAAAGACUGCAAAAUGGGGUUUGUGAAAGUGGUGAAGAACAAGGCCUACUUCAAGAGGUACCAGGUUAAAUUCAGGAGGAGGAGGGAGGGAAAGACGGAUUACUUCGCUCGUAAGCGCCUGGUUAUCCAAGAUAAAAACAAGUACAACACACCAAAGUACCGGAUGAUUGUCCGAUUCUCAAACCGGGACAUUAUCUGCCAGAUUGCCUAUGCUAAGAUCGAGGGUGACAUGAUUGUGUGUGCGGCCUACUCCCAUGAGCUGCCCAAGUAUGGGAUCUCUGUUGGUUUGACAAACUAUGCAGCAGCCUACUGCACUGGUCUGCUGCUGGCUCGCAGGUUGCUGAACAAGUUUGGCCUGGAUAAGGUCUAUGAAGGCCAGGUCGAAGUCACAGGUGACGAGUUCAAUGUGGAGAGCAUUGAUGGUCAGCCAGGUGCUUUUACCUGCUACCUGGAUGCUGGGCUUGCCAGAACCACCACAGGCAACAAGGUGUUUGGAGCCCUGAAAGGGGCUGUGGAUGGAGGCCUGUCUAUUCCCCACAGCACGAAACGCUUCCCUGGGUAUGAUGCUGAGAGCAAGGAGUUUAACGCUGAGGUCCACCGUAAGCACAUAAUGGGUGUUAAUGUGUCAGAAUACAUGAGCUACCUGAUGGAGGAGGAUGAAGAUGCUUACAAGAAGCAGUUCUCCCGCUUCAUCAAGAAUGGAGUCACUCCUGAUUCGAUUGAGGAAAUGUACAAAAAGGCUCAUGCUACCAUUCGUGAGAACCCAGUCCAUGAAAAGAAGCCCCCCAAAGAAGUCAAGAAGAAGAGGUGGAACCGUGCAAAGCUCUCUCUGGCCCAGAGGAAAGACCGUGUUGCCCAGAAGAAGGCAAGCUUCCUCAGGGCUCAGGAACAGGAGGCCGACGAUUAAAAUGUUGGCCAUCUGUUUCAAAUGUUCAAAAAAGUUCAAAUAAAUGUUAUCAAAGAAAUAA